UUUCUUUCCCAUGAUACUGAUAGUUGGUGUAGGUUAGUUUAGUAUCAGUAGAUAUAGGGUUAUGAUUGAGUAUAGUGCUAGAAGAAAGGUUUGUAACUAGCUUAUUAGAUAUUUCCUCAUUCACAUCAUGACCAAAAUUACUAAUUAUGUAGGUACUUGUAUCAACACUUGUAUGACUACUUUUUUUUAAAUUAAGCACUUUGUAAUUAAUAUACUGGUUAGUUCCAUGUGUUUCUUUUUCUGUUUUUAUAUGGUCCAGUCUUGGAAUGCUAUCAACAAGUACAUUAUUUUGGGGGUUACCACAGUUAUAAUCAAUAACUUGGAGAUGCUUACAGGUACUAUUAGUUCUUAAUUAUAACCAUCACAACUUACACUGAUGUCAUAACAGGUACCUACACUGCUUUGUGCUUUAUUCACACCAUAAUCAGUAUAUUGACUAGCACUGUGUAUGGGUAAUGCUGUAUCAGCAUGGGCGUUGUUUAAGUAAGUAUCAGCAUGUACACUAUUAAACACUUUAUAAUUAAUACACUGACUGUUAUUCUGAACAGGCAGUUCUGUGUCAGCAUAACAAGGGUUUUCUACUGUAUUAGGAACAACACACGUGGGGUGAACAUCAGGUUUGUACUUGGGAACAUGUCUAUCUAUCCCUUCUGGCCUGUCCUAGGUAUUAGCUGCUGUAUCUACUGGCAUUCCACUAAAUCUGUUGCUAGUGGGUACAUUGGUGUUUUGGGUGGGGGAGUCUUGACGGUUUCGUUUCUGUGGUGGUAGUGUAUUCUUUUCAACAGUUGGAGUGGACAUGUAUCCGGAUGGUGGUCUAGAAUAAACUUUAUCUGGGAAUAUCUCCUCACCAUCGAUGAAAAGACGGUCGACUUUUAAAAAUGCUCUCCUAUUGUUUCUCCUGGCUUGUUUAUAAAUAGGAUACAACUGUUUUCUUCACUCUGAGAUUUCCUGUGGAUACUGUUCACUUAUGCCAAAUGGUUUUCCUGCUAGUUUUUUGGCAGCCUAUAAGAUUCUGUCUUUGUCUUGGAGUCUGAAAAAAAGGGCCACUAUUGUCCUUGGUUUAUGCUGUGCAUCACGGAAAGUACCUAGCCUGUGGGUUACCUGUACAGGAGCAUCAGUUAUGUCUAUCUCUUUCUCUAGAAAUGUUCCAAGUGCUGCUUCAGUGUCCUCAUUUUGUCCACCGUCUGGCACUCCAUAGAACAAGAGGUUGAACCUCGUGGUCCUGUGCUGCAGGUAAAAUAUCUCAUCGUGUGCCUUGUCAUAUUCCAUUUGUGUUUCACUCAAACUCUUGGAAAGAUAGUGAAUGUCUUCAUGUGCAGUGCUCAUGUUUUCUGAGAGACCAUCUACUGUUUUCUUGAGGUGGUUAAUUUCAGAGUUCAUGUUAUCGUAGGUGUUACUUAUAAAGUGGCAGCUGUCUUCUACUUUAGAUAUUCGCUCAUGAGCCGUUUUGACACUAGUAGUCAACUGAGAGAGCGUGUUCUCGAUUGUGCACACUUUGAUGUCGAUGCUUUCUAAUCUUUCAGUUCGUUUGUGAAUAUCACCGACAGUCAGGUUUAGCCGUGAAAUCUGAUCGCAUAAAGUCUUAGCCUACAAGGGUGGACUGACGGAACCACUUGACUGCAUGUCUACACUGUUUUGAGAAAGCGUUGUAUACAUUUGUUGUUGUUGUUCAGGUGGUAAUGGCGGACAAGACAAUGGCGGACCUGGAUUAUAUUGCGAUUGAAGCAUUCCGUUUGUGGGGCCUAACAAGUGAAUAUUGGAGUUUCCAAACUCAGGCGAUUUAGUAAUAUCAACAUAGUUCGUAUGUACAGCUAAUUGUGGAUUUAAACUCAUUAGAUCGACUUGUUAUUAGCUGAUUUACCUGCAACUUCUUGCCCCGAAAAUUUUCGUGUCCUCCAUCUUGUCACGUGAUCGUAAUCUGUAGACUCUUAAUGGUACACGACCAAGUUCAGCAGAAAUCACCCAAGCUACAGAAGUAUAAGACAAAGGGAAAGGGCAUGUAAGUUUGACACGCUCGUUUCACCACCUGGAGACAGUUGGAGGAUACUCGCACCUUGAAGUACCAUGAGAAAAGGUAUAAUUACUUUGUGCAUGAGAAAAGAAACCCAGAUGCGAUGUUUGUUCAAACUUACGGCGUACCUGGCAGUUUGCUAUGUUGUCUUUUCAAUCAUUUCGACAUUGUCGCCGUGGUCACUGACGUCGCGGCAAGUUGAAGUGGAACGUGGGCGACCAGUUGUCGGUCACCUGCAGGUGAUCAGAGGAUCACCCCGCGGGCGAGAUCGGCUCCGCCCUGCUAAACACAACUUCAGUGCCAUUCAUUCACUUCUUGUUACAAAUGAUAAACAUUCCAGUCCGGGACGCACUGACGUCUUAAAUAUGAGGGACAACGUCGAAGAGAAAAAUAUGCAUUCAAAGACUACAACCAGUGAGAAAAAAUCCAACAUUUCUGUGAAUAAUUCAAAGUCCAGUAUUUCCAAUAACGAUCAACAGUCCAGUAUAUCAAAGUCAAGUACUUCCACGAACAGUUCAGAACACAGUAUUCCCACAAACAGUCUAAAGUCCAGUAUUUCCACGAAUAACCUAAAGUCCAGUGUGUCCACGAACAUCACAGAGUUGAAUAUUGUUAAGAAAAUCCCGACUCACAGCAUCUCAAUAAACUUCAUCGGGCGGCUAGGCAACCUGAUGUUUCAAUACGCAUCUCUGUACGGAAUCGCCAGGAAGAAUUCUCUGAGACCCUUGAUUCCAUCCCAACUGAUCAUCGACAAACUGUUCCACCUGGACGCCUACAGAGUGUCCAGUGGCUACGGAAGACAUUCUGGUGACAGAAAAUACGCGGAACAGAAAGGCUGCACGUUCGAAAGACAGGCCCUGGAACUGGGUCCCGACAGAGACGUAUUCCUCAGUGGCUACUUUCAGUCGUGGAAGUACUUCAAGGACGUGGAACGUGACGUCAGGAAGCAGUUCACGUUUAAUGACGCAUUAAGAGCAGCGGCAGACGACCAGGUCAAACGACUGACGGACAAUGCGGACAGGUCUGGGUUUGUGCUGGUCGGUGUGCACGUCAGACGCGGAGACAUGGUCCAAAACAAGGGGUUCGUAGACUACGGCUACAUAGCCGCUGACGAGCUCUAUCUAAACAAGGCGAUGGAUUACUUUGAAGGCAGAUAUCCCAACCUCAAGUUCCUGGUCGUGUCAGACGAUAUUGGCUGGUGUAAACAGGUUUUAGAUAAACGCGACAACCACCAAAACGUGUUGUAUGGCCCCGCCGACAAUGCACCGGAAGUGGAUAUGGCGCUGUUGACCAGAUGUAACCACACCGUGAUGACGGUCGGUAGUUUUGGUUGGUGGUCCGCGUGGUUAGCAGGUGGUGACGUUAUUUACUACAAAGGAUACCCCAGACCCAAAAGUAGACUAUUUAGACUUCUAAAGCCCGAAGAUUAUAGGUACCCGCACUGGAUUGGAAUGUAGCCAUUGUAUUUGUAUUCACAGAUUGGGUGCGAGGGUGGGAUGGGGGAAAUAGAGGUGGGAUCUCGGCCUACUGUCGACGGGUCGGAAUGAAUGAAUGAAUGAAUGUUUUAUUUAACGGCGCACAAAACGGUUAUAGUGGUGACGGGUCGGGAUUGAUACAAAACGAAAAGAGUAUACAUUGUAUUUUAUAAGUGCCUUUCUUGUCUUGCAGAGGAAUACCCCAGUUUUUGUUGUAGUUUUUUGUUUUUUGGUAGGCUAAUAUAUACACCCAUGGAUAUUUUCA